AGAGGCUUCUUAACUGCAUUACCUUUCGGCAAGGAUUGACUCCCAAGGCCAACUGCUUACAGACACAACACAGGGGCCAGGCCCUGAAGCUUUCUGGCGUUGGAGAAAUGGAGGCGGAAGAAGAGCAUUUUCCUAGACUAAGGCAAGUUCUUCUCUUUGUUUUGCUGGCUCAGGUUUGCGCGGAGCAGGAAGAUUAUAGCAUAGCGGAAGAAACUGAGAGUGGUUCUUUUGUGGCGAAUCUAGCAAAGGACACAGGGCUAGGGAUAAGAGAGUUGUCCUGGCGCAGGGCUCGAGUCAUUUUUAACAAUAAUAAAAAACAUUUUCAGCUGAACCUUCAGACCGGAGAUUUAGAAGUAAAUGAGAAACUGGAUCGGGAAGAACUGUGUGGCUCCACUGAGCCAUGUGUGUUGAAAUUUCAGGUGUUACUGGAAGAACCUUUGGAAAUAUAUAAAUUUAAGCUUUUGCUCAGUGACAUAAAUGACAAUUCCCCCGUGUUCCCAGAAGCAGAAAUGAUUUUGAAAAUUAUGGAAAAUACUCUCCCAGGGACUGUGUUUCCCCUGAAAAAUGCACAAGAUUUGGACGUAGGCAUCAAUAAUGUUCAAAACUACACCAUCUACCCCAACUCCCAUUUCCAUGUUCUUACCCGCAAUGGUAGUGAGGGCAGAAAAUACCCGGAGCUGGUUCUGGACAAAGCCCUAGAUCGAGAGGAGCAGCCUGAGAUCAGGUUAACUCUCAUGGCAAUAGAUGGUGGAGCUCCUCCCCAAACCGGGACCGCCCUGGUCCUCAUUGAUGUCCUGGACAUCAACGACAAUGCCCCUGAGUUUGCCCAGCCACUCUAUCACGUGCAGAUCCUGGAAAACAGUCCUCUGGGAUCCCUUAUUGUCACUGUUUCCGCUAGAGAUAUAGACACUGGAAUAAACGGUGAAGUGUUCUACUCAUUUUUUUAUGGAGAUGAAGAGAUUACUAGGACGUUUGCUCUUAGCGAACUCACAGGAGAAAUUAAAAUAAGUAAGAAACUAGAUUUUGAAAAAAUUAUGUCAUAUGAGGUGGAUAUCAAGGCCUCUGAUGGGGCGGUCAUAAUACAGGUAGUGGAUGUAAACGACAAUACCCCAGAACUGAAGAUGGCUUCACUAAGAAGCUCCAUCCCUGAAAAUUCCCCAGAGACCACGAUAGCUCUAUUCACUAUUCAAGACCGAGACUCUGGCGAAAAUGGGAAAACGGUUUGUUUCCUCCAGGAAGAUGUUCCGUUCCUUUUAAAACCUUCCGUUGAAAAUUUCUACAAGCUGGUAACAGAGGGACCCCUGGACAGAGAGCGCAAAUCCGACUACAACAUCACCAUCACCGUCACCGACCUGGGGACACCCAGGCUGAAGAGCGAGCACAGCAUCUCCGUGCAGGUGGCCGACGUCAACGACAACGCCCCGGCCUUCAGCCAAAGCGCCUACACCCUGUGGGUCCGCGAGAACAACGGCCCCGCCCUGCACAUCGGCAGCGUGAGCGCCACCGACCCGGACUCGGGCGCCAACGCGCAGGUCACCUACUCGCUGCUGCCGCCCGGCGACGCGCGCCUGCCGCUGGCCUCGCUGGUGUCCAUCAGCGCGGACACCGGGCAGCUGUUCGCGCUGAGGCCCCUGGAUUUCGAGGCGCUGCGCGCCUUCGAGUUCGGCGUGGGCGCGGCCGACGGCGGCUCGCCGGCGCUGAGCAGCCGGGCGCUGGUGCGCGUGCAGGUGCUGGACGCCAACGACAACGCGCCCGUCGUGCUGUACCCGCCGCAGAACGGCUCUGCGCCCUGCACCGAGCUGGUGCCGCGCGCGGCCGACGCGGGCUACCUGGUGACCAAGGUGGUGGCGGUGGACGGCGACUCGGGCCAGAACGCCUGGCUGUCGUACCAGCUGCUCAGGGCCACGGAGCCCGGGCUGUUCGGCGUGUGGGCGCCCAGCGGCGAGGUGCGCACGGCCCGGCCGCUGAGCGAGCGCGACGCGCCCAGGCACAGGCUGGCGGUGCUGGUGCGCGACCACGGCGAGCCGCCGCUGUCGGCCACCGUCACGCUGCACGUGCUGCUGGUGGACGGCUUCUCGCAGCCCCACCUGCCGCGGGCCGAGGCGGCGGCCGAGCAGGCGCGGGCCGAGCCGCUCACCGUGUCCUUGGUGGUGGCCCUGGCGGCGGUGUCGUCGCUCUUCCUGCUGUCGGUGCUGGGCGUCGUGGCGGCGCGGCUGUGCGCGAGGGCCCGGGCGGCGUCUGCGGGGGGCUGCUCGGGGCCCGGGGGCGGCCUUGCGGGCCACCUGGUGGACGUGAGCGGCGGCGGGACGCUGUGCCAGGCCUACCGCUAUGAGGUGUGCGUGUCGGGAGGCUCGGGGACCGGCGAGUUUAAGUUUUUGAAGUCCCAUCCCUCCUAUUAUCAGGCGUCUGUGAAUGAUGUGGGGGAAAACUCAAACUUUGUAAAAGGCUUUGAAUUUAAUUCGGAAUUUGCUAAUUUUUCUGAACAUUGAGGUUGAAGCUUAGUUAUUUCUAAAUAUACUAAAUAAACAUUACCUUUCUUGGUCUACAAAGAAUUUCUUGUUGUUUUGCUCAUUUUAUUUUCCCAGUUAAGAUUAGAGUUUUUUUUAGUAUAUGCUCAUAUUUACUCCCUUUUUAGCAGUUCUGUUUUGAUGGAGACAAGGAACUUUCAACUGUACUUACUACAUUACUGAAAAGUCAAGUAUUUGUCCAACUUACCAACUGUUCAUCAUUAAGUAUUCUUGAUUUGAGGAUGACCUCAGCCCCAUUCUCUUAUUGUUGUCCAGAAACUUUUUCUAAAUUUUAAUGUUAUUACCUGUAAGACAAGCACGAUACUAGUAUAAUGAAUGAUUAGCAUAUCUUGUUUGAUACUACCUUUGUUAAAUUUUUAAAUGGAGAAAUGUCUACAAAAAUUGCAUUUUUUUUUCACAGU